AGAGACCCUGCCCUGACUCCUGACACCAUGGCCUCCCUCAAGAUGCUGCUCCUGAUCGCCCUCCUCCUGGGGGCUUCUCUGCAGGACACCCAUGCAGCUCGAGCACCCAAUGUGGGCCUGUCAUGCUGCUUCACCUUCAACACACAAGCCAUUCCUCUCAAAAAGCUGGUGGGGUGGUACCGGACCUCAGAAGAGUGUUCCAAGGUGGCCAUCGUGCUUAUAACUGUCCAGGGCAGGAGCAUCUGUUCUGAUCCCAAGGACCCGAAGACGAAGAGGGCUGUCAAAUACUUGCAGAGAGUCGUGAAGCCGCUUGGCUCCCCUGACCGGAAGUCCUGACUGCUCCCCGGACUUAGGGCGGCCAUGCCCCCUACCCCCCCUGAGCUUCUGGGCCAGCAGAGGCCCGAGGAAA